CAGACCUGCAGGAGGAAAGUUCCAGAGCUUUAGCGCGCGCGUGGCUGUGUGGAACAGUGCAGCGGUGACGUCGAUCUUUUUUUUCCACUUCCGGUUUCGAAAUCGAAAGUUAGAAGUGCGACGUUAGAGAAAGAGAGAAAAGAAGAGUGAAGAAGUUCUGCUGCCAUGCAGUCCUGCAGCAUUCAUCACUGUGUCCUGUUCUUCCUCACCCUCACAUUCACCACUGCUCCUGUAUCAGCUGCUGUCUGUUCUACAACGGUGAAGGGUCGGCUUCAUCAGUCUGUGAUUCUCCCAUGUGAAAAUAAAUGUUCUGGUUCAGUCAAAUGGGCCUUGGACGAGAAUCGAGAUGUUGUCUUCGCUCGGUGUGAUCAGACAUCAUGCAGCUCAGUGAAGGAGGGAUAUGAAAUGUCUCAUGCUCAGUACCUGAAGGGAGAUCUCUCUCUCACCAUCACUGCAGCUGAUUACAGUAAGAGGAACACAUACGUGUGUGAAUGUGGAAUCAACGACAUCUCUACUGUGAGCCUCAGCAUUGAGACUGUGUUCUCAGCAGUUCAGAUGAAGCCUGGUGAAGAUCUGAUCCUGGAUUUGAGCGUACCAAAUGGCACCGUGGAGGUGAUUUAUAAAAGCAGAGAUUCAGCUGAUGGGGAACAGAUCUGCACUGUGACUCAACGCUCACUACAGUGUAAAGCUGAAUACACACACAGAACAUCACUCAGUCACCCAGAGCUCACAGUGAGAGACGUGCAGUCGAGUGAUAGUGGAAGUUACACCAUCCGGGACCUGAAGAAUAACGAAGACAUUCGUGUGUACACCGUCUCUGUGGCAGGGUUAACUAAGGGGGCUAUUGCAGCAAUAGUGCUGGCGGUGCUGCUGCUGGUGGGGCUGCUGAUCGCCGGAGUGAUAAUAUACAGAAGGAGAGCAGCUGAGCAGGAGCUCAGAGAGCUCGAGAGUCGAAUGGAAGAAGUGGAUAAACUCGUUAACCAGGUUCAACCCAAAAAGCCAGGACAAGAAGAGCAGAAAUUUACACGUACUGACCCAGAAUACAAAGCUCUGGAGAAGGAGCUGAAGGACGUGGUGGAUAAGGUGGAGAAGGCGAUUGAUGAUCUGGAACAGCAGUACAGAGAGAACAGGAAACAUUCGGAAUAUGUCACAUUGUUCUGCGACAAAAAGAGAACAGAGCUGACGUUGUGGAAAAUGAUAUGUGCAACAAAACUACAGGAAUCUCUGAAGUCUGAGACAAAAAAGGUGACGGUGCUGAUGGAGGAGGUGGUGAAGAGUUUAGAGUAUCUCAAACGUGCGACAUACAAAAAGAAUCGCUCCACUGUGCUGCUGGACAGCACGUGCGACCACGUGGAAUCGCAUCUGCAGCAGAUUAACACCUGGUGCAGCGAGCAGAGAGAGGGGCUAAACAAACUCAAACUGGAUGAUAUGGAGAAACUUCUGGAUAAGUAUGAACAGUGGUGUGAAGAGAAGAAGAAUGAGCUGAAGAAAUACAGAAAGAAACUAAACUCUGCAGGAAAGAAUCAAGAAAAUUUGAUAGCAGGGAAGAUAGAAGAAGAGAGCACACCACUGAACUCUGCUGUUACAACAUGAUACAGAAGCAUAGAGGAUGCAGAAAACAUGACCACACACACACACACACACACACACACACACACACAGUCCCGAGUGGUGCGACAGAAAAGCAUCAGCAGGGAAAAGUGUGUGUGUGUCUGCGUUGUGUGAGUGUUACUUUCUUCUCUUGUAGUAAAUGUGUAGAGACUAAAAGGUUCCUCAGCUCUGUUCUUCUCUCUGUGCAUAAACAGCGUUCUAUCAGACCUGUAGUCCACUACACAGGCUUUCCACACCUUUACAAACCUUCUCACAAAGCUCCAUGAUGUAUUAGCGCUGUGGUUUCAGACGAGCGAGCAGCAGCGUGAUGGAGUUUAUAUCAUCAUUCACAACCACGUCACCAGAUUAAUGAGGAAAUACAUCAACAUCCUCACUGUAUUAUACUCGAUAUUACUCUGCUGUGUUAAUAUCCACGUGUGUGUGUGUGUGUGUGUGUGUGUGUGAGUGUGUGCUGAAACCUUUCAGUGCCAGAAAAUUAUUUUACUGGUGUUUGAAGCUCUCACACACACACACACACACACACACACACACAAACAAGGCCUGUGUGCUAUAACAGUGUAAUCAGUGCUACAGUGCUGUAGCUGCGCGAUCGCUGUUACAUUUACUCUCAUUAUGUUACAUUACAUUAUAGAAACAGACUAACCAGCUUUUAUUAAACAUUAUAAACAUUAUUUAGACAUUUAUAAUCUCUGAUCUUUGUUAUUUUGUAGGAUACUAACAGAGCUUUACUGUGCAUGAAAUAGCGUGUGUGUGUGUGUUGGAGCUCUUCCUCUUCUGUGCAGCAUGAACCUGAGCACAGUUGAGACUUGAUGUUUGAGCAGUAAUUAGAGAAGAAUUAUUAUUAUUAUUAUUAUUAUUAUUAUUAUUAUUAUUAUUAUAGCUUGUGUGUGAACGAUAUCCAACAUCAUUCUUUAUCACUUCUUUACUAUUUGUUGUGUAACUGAAGGUCACAGGGGUUACUUCUGUAAAUGAUCCGUGUUAGAAAACUAAGUGCUGAAUCCAGCGUGUGGAAGACUUUGGAGAUCUGAGCCGAUCUCUUCCCCAGGGAUUUAAUGCUGUUCGCCGAUCGCUGACCGUUGCCUGUGUUAUGAUCCUGAGUUUGUGUUACGAUUUAAAUUUGUCUGCCAGCUUUUUAAAUAAAGUGUUUUUUAACCUGC